CAUCAGGACAAUCGUGAUUGGCCUCGAUAAUGUUAUAAUACAUGCCGUAUGAUGAACUAUAAAACAAGUGUGCUACACGUGGGCCACCAGACGUAGUAGAGAUACAAUGUGGGUGUCACGAUGCAAUGUAGAGCUAUUAACCAAACGAGAGACUAUACGCAAGAGCAUGUAAGCUACGAAGCGUCCGGGCGUAAUGUCGAUGCGCAAGAUACAACAACUUUGGGAACGGGAAAAUGGAACAAUAGACCCUUUCAAAAGGCCAUUGCAGCGAAGGGGUUCGUGGAACGUUUCGCCCUGUCAGUGAAGGGAUCAGCCGGCGAGGUGGGACUCAUGGCCUGGUGCUCGUCAUCAAAAGGCGUCGCGAACGGGUCCACCGCCUGGGAGGACUGUCGUGCGUGCGUCGUUGUCAAUAAUCGCGUCACAGGCGUUGAGGUGUCGGGAUCGAGGGUCGCCUGCCGUGUCGGAUGCAUUGGGGGCACGAGCCACUCAGUACGUGUAGGCGGCGUCGUGGGGGGCUGCUCGAACCCAUGGUAAAGAGGGAUAGCGACAGGAAUUUGAGGCAGAGGGGCUGGAAGCGGGACAGGAACAGCUUCGCUGUC